CCCCCUUUCCCCCCUUCCCUUUUUCUCUCCCCUUCUUUCUGGCGAUCGAUGGCGUCGGUUGCAUUAACUCUGGGCAUUGAAAUCCCCAACAACCUUCGGUCCCCACGGCAUUCAAUCGUUGCGGUAAUUCAGCUGGGCUCUUCUUCGGCUAUGGCCACCUUAGCGAGGCCGAGACCUCUGCCGGCUCCCGUUUCCACUCUCUGUUUUAGCCAACUGAUCCGACAUCAGUCCCGAGAUUUAAAGAGACGCCAUUAAUGAACGAACCCCCCAUCUUGCUUGUAGCUGAAGACCCUCGGUGGUGGAGACCUGGGGAUAGAAGAAGGGGGAGAGGGAGGAGGAAUGGAGAGAGAGGAAGUUGCUACGGAUGCAAAGAAUGAGGAAUGCGUGGCUUCUGUUUCUAAGAUUUCUUCUAGUUGUUCUCUGCGUCACAAGCGCUCUAAAAGUGCAUCUGAUAGGAACCUAAAUAGUGCAAAACAUGGGACUUUGCAUUUCAUGGGAAAGGAUUGCAAUGAAUCUAAGGAUUCAAGCAACAAAGUCAGCAAGACUUCAUCAAACCACCGAGCUUCCUUGGAAAAUGAUAUCAAACAACUACAGAUGCAUUUAUAUCAAGAGAAGACUAUCAGAUAUGUGCUUGAAAAGGCAAUUGGUCGAGCUUCUAGUACUUUAUCUCCUGGACACAGACAUUUCCCUGCUCAGACAAGGGAACUUAUUGCAGAGAUCGAGUUACUUGAAGAAGAAAUAACAAAUCGUGAGCAACAUGUUCUUUCUCUCUACAGAAGUAUCUUUGACCAAUGCAUUAGUGGGCCAUCAUCAGCACAAAGUUCAGGCAUGGCUUCUCCUGCUCACACAAAAAGUGGAGCAAGGAAGCACCCAAGCAUAAUAUCAAGUGCAUUUUGCUCCUCAAAAAAGUUCCCCUUGCAACCCUUUCAGCUUUUGGCUUCCAUAAAAGAGUCUGGGAAAAGUAAUCCAUUGCUCAAGCCCAAGGUCAGACGUGAAUCACUGUCAAGUGAAAACUUGAAUGCCGGUUUUGGUAGCAACUCCUCAGAUCCUAAGAAGUUUCCAGCUGCCAGGAGGAAUUAUUUGGCUCGCACUCUGAAAGACCAUCUCUACGAGUGUCCAAGCAAAAUAUCUGAGGAAUUGGUUAGAUGCAUGGCGGCUAUAUAUUUUUGGGUACGUAGUGACUCAUUCGAAAAGCCUGAAAAAGGCCGCUCGCCCUUCCUGUCAAGAUCAUCUACCAGUGUUAUACUUCCUCGAAGAGGUACUGCAGAUGAGCAGCAAUGGUCAAGCAGAUCCACAGUGGAAAUAUCUUCAAUAUCGCUAGACAAGAUCCAAUUUUCGAGUGCAUCAUAUGCAAUAAAUAAUUAUAGGCUGCUGGUGGAACAACUGGAGAGAGUAGAUGUGAGUGUGUUGGAAAGCAGUGCCAAGUUGGCAUUUUGGAUCAAUAUCUACAAUUCUCUCAUUAUGCAUGCAUACUUGGCUUAUGGAAUCCCCCAUAGUUCUCUGAGAAGGAUUGCUUUGUUCCAUAAGGCUGCUUAUAAUAUUGGAGGACACAUCAUCACUGCCAACUCCAUAGAGUACUUCAUUUUGAGCUGCCGUACACCUCGAAUUGGUCGUUGGUUUGAAACUAUACUCUCAACUGCAAUGCGGAAGAAAUCUGGCGAAGAAAAGCAGCUCCUUGGGUCAAAAUUUGGUGUCAAUGAUUCCCAUCCACUUGUUCUCUUUGCCCUAUGUACUGGAGCUUCUUCUGAUCCUAUGCUGAGAGUCUACACUGCAAAAAAUGUAACGGAUGAGUUAGAGAAGGCCAAGAAGGAGUUCCUUCAAGCCAAUGUGGUGGUCAAGAAAUCAAGGAAGAUUUUUCUACCAAAGAUUCUCGACAGAUAUGCCAAAGAAACCUGCAUAGGCUCCGAUGAUCUUCUUAUCUGGGUGUCUCAGAACAUAGAUAAGAAGUUGCAGGAGUCAAUCCAGAAAUGCAUAGAUUCAAAGAACAAGAGAAAAGCUUCCCAGGUUAUUGAAUGGUUACCAUACAGCACAAGAUUUCAUUAUGUCUUUGGGAAAGAUUUGACAGAAAAACCUUGUUGGGUGGAAAUUUCUUGCCAAUGAUUCAGAAGUUAGUAAAUUCUGUAACAAUUUCAGGCCCAACUACUACAUGUUGAAAAGCUAGAUAUCAAACACUGAUCUGUGUGCAUAUUCCUUGCUGUCUCAUUGGGCGCAGUCUGAGAGAUUUUUCAUCUUAUCUAUGGCUUAAUUUUUUAAGAUUGUGUUU